AUGCUCCCUGCGCUGGCCGCCGCCCUCGCCGGGCACCGCAAGCUCCGGGACUUGGCCCUCUACGCCAACGGCUUCGGGGACGCCGGGGCCGAGGCGGGGGAAUCGGAGUUCGGGGCCAUGGCCCUGGGCGCGGCGCUGCAGCAGAUGCCGCGGCUGCAGGAUCUGCGGCUCCAGCAAAACCAGAUCGGGGUCAAGGGUGCCCAGGCACUGGCCCGCGGCCUGGAGGGCACCACUGCCCUGGAGCUGCUGUGGCUUGUUCAGAACCAGAUUGGCGAUGCCGGCUGCCAGGCCUCCACGGUGGAGAGCACCGCUGCGGGGAGACGGCGCGGAUUUCCAUGCACUUUUGUAUCGCUAGCGCUGUCCAUUGACGGGUCGCAGAUGAUGAUGCACAUCUUAGGGUUCGAGUUCCAGGCGCUGGCCGCCGCCCUCGCCGGGCACCGCAAGCUCCGGGACUUGGCCCUCUACGCCAACGGCUUCGGGGACGCCGGGGCCGAGGCCCUGGCCAACGGCCUGCAGUACCACACCAGACUGGAAGAUGUGAGGCUCUUCGAGAACUCCAUUGGCGAGGUCGGCUGCAAGGCUCUGGCAAAUGUCCUGAGCAAGCAGAAGAAGCUGCGCGUGCUGAUCCUUCGCACCAAUCACCUGGGAGACGCUGGAGCUGAGGCCUUGGGCAACGCGCUGGCGCAGAUGUCCUCUCUGCAGGAGCUCAGGCUGCAGCAGAACGCCAUCACAGAUGCGGGUGCUCAGGCCUUGGCCAGAAACCUGCAGCACACCGCCCUGCGGGAGCUUUGGCUCUCUGAGAACGAGAUCGGCGACCUCGGCUGCCAGGCCUUGGCUGCGGCCAUCGAGCAGCUGCCGUUACACACAUUGCACUUGGAGAAGAACUCCAUUGGCGAGUCUGGCGCGCACGCACUGGUGAAAGGACUGCAGCACAAGUCCCUGGAAUCUGUACACAUCCAAGACAAUUGCAUCGAUGGGCCAGGCUGUGAGGCUUUGCAGCAGCUGCAGAUCAAAGAUUUGCGAUGUGAAGAUCAGCAAGACAGGUGCUGGUCGGCAUGUGUGGCGUCGGGAUGCAGUCCAUGAGACGGCUCUUCAGUCCCACAAUCAUAGUCUGUGAGACGUUCCAGCGAUUGAGGUAUCUCUUGGACGGGCAGCGUGCACAUGCAUAAAAGUGCAUUCAGCGCUUACGAGAAUUUUUCAGCAUUCUGUGGUUU